AUGGACCCCCAACUCCCAAACGACGAAGAAACUCUGGAAUUUGGCCUUGAAGGGUUUCAAGUACCACGAAGGACCGCACGACUGGUCGCAGUGUACCCGCACUCCGACCCAUUGGAUGUGUCAUCUCCUUAUUCCGUUUUGGCUGAAUACACCGAGGAGCAGAUUACGGCUCUCAUUGCUCCUCCAGUUUCCGGCCGUCCGCAAACCCCUUCCGAAGACGAGCAAGAGAUGGACGUUGAUGAACCGACUGGUGAGGCCCUAGCCCCAUUCAAGCCCAUCUCCGAUCCUCGACCUACUUGCGAAAAGAGUAUUCCCUCCUUUCAAGAGGUCACUGAGAAAGAAGAGUCAGCUUCCACCGACGCCAGCGAGUCGGACGACUCUGAUAACUUCGUGACGCCUUCACUGGCUGUUGUCGAAGACCUAUACGCACAGGUUCGCGACUCCCAUUCCACCAAGGAUAGGACCGUCUCCCUUGGCGACAAGAUCAUCUCCUCUACGAAGGGAGAUGGAUUACCAACCUUGCUUGGCGAGACUAAGUUCGACAGACUUCCAGGAUCAAUCCCCUCUUUUCAGCUUGUUUUUGGCCAGUGGGCGAUUUAUUACACCACUCAGUGCCAGAAGUUCACUGCAACGGAUGUGGAGCGCCUACUAUACUCGAUGUUUUGCCUUUACGGUAACCUUGUUCACGACGGUCGCCGCUACUUCCACUCAUUGGUCCUGAGCACAAUCCAGAGGAUCAUGGCAGCAAUGAUAACCCGUAAUGAAGACACCGAGGACAUGGUUCAAGAGCGCUUAUCACGCACCUAUUCACAACUGGUGAAUGACCUGCUCUUGGUUUUCGCACGCACCAUUGACGCAUUUUUGCAGCAAACUUUACAGCCAGCAACAAAUUCCGACGUGAUCGCUCACGCCAGAUGUAUCAAACGUCAAGAGACCAGCUUGCGACCGUUUCAAAUCAAAGGGUGUACUAACGACAUCAGCACUUGUUAUAUUACUGGCUUGCGAAAGGUCAUUAGACCACCAUCAUUUACAAGCGCUUAUCAGCAAGUGCUUUUAUCCGCCAUACAUGUUUCUCAGCAACAGUGCACAACUGCCUCAGAGUUCGAUAGGACUUUGAACCCUGCUGAUCUCGACUCUCCCGAACCAACCGAGCAAACUGCGAUUCCUCGCGUUUCCCGCCUGGUAUUGAACCUUUCCUCCGAGGCUCGAGAAGUCUUGACGGAAUUAGGAAUCAUCCACAGCAUUUAUGAACUAUCCCCAACCAAACUGGAAACAGAAGACGUUGUGGACUUUCUGCAAGCUUUGACCCUCCAAGAUCCCGACCGAGUCAAGAAUAUUUCCGAGUUGUCCAUAACUGCUGUCGAAUCUCCAUUCUAUAUUCCCCGCGAAGAGGAUCUGUCUGACCUUCACCGACUGUACGAAGAGUAUAUUACGGAAAGAAGAGCCGCAAGGGCUCGCGAUUCGCAACAAAAUCCGCCCUGUAAUUCUCCCCCCGGUAAUGAUGCCCCGGAGCCUCAAGCAAAUGACGAGUCAAGUGCUCGAGAUCACUCCACGCCACCAUCUCCUUCAGACAAUGGCAGCAGCGAUUCAUCUUCCUUAAUGAAUGCUACUAUCCGACGUGGUGGUCGACUCUACAUGGUCUUCACUGCUGAUGGACAAUCUCGUCCCCGAGUUUUCAGAUUAAUUGAGGAAGAUGAGAACGCUCUGCUGAGCUUACUCACCACUCAGACCGGAAUUUCAACCACUGACGCGCUUCCUACUACGGACAUUCCCGUCACCAGCAUCCUCCGCCGAGAUCCAGCAAGAGCGACUAGGCACUCGACUUCCGUCCAUGAAAACAGCGGCCCUCUACCUGCAGUCCGUCCUGGGCAUCAAGCAGCAAGCUCAACUCUGCUACUCGAUUUAUUGGAGAACCGGCUUCAAUCAGUUACAGCCGAAAGUAAUAUCCCGGAAGCAGCACCGAUUUCGUUUAAGCCCGACAUUUUGGCCAAUCACCCCUUGACAACCCUCAUGGAUGAUGAAGAACAGAUUACUAACAAGCCAGAGUAUGGUCUGGUGGCAACCAACGACACUAUUCUCUGCUUCUCAGGCUCAUCUGGACUUCAUGAAAAUCCACUGAUCCAGCAAUUGGACGCAACAGUUGAAUCAGCCCAAUCGCGUAUAAAACGAGAACAUGCCCAGACCCCAAGCCAUCCUCAGGCUGAGACUCUAACCGAAAAGUUGAAAAGAGCCUCUGUUCUCGCCUACCAAAAGAUCUUAAACAAUCAAUUGCUCGCGAUCCCGGCUGACAUUUUACAGAUUACCGAUUUGGAUUCAUACAAUCCUACCAUUCAAGGCGACGUAUCCGCUCUCUACACUACAAAGCUAAGUGCUUUACAUGACCGAAUGGAUUUCUUGGGGGCCUCAAUCUUUUGUCAGAAGUUAUUUAUGUCAACGGAUUACUUGAAUCAUAUCUUAAUGAUUUCCCCGCUGACGGAUCUCCAGUUACAAGUUGAGGCGCACAAUCUCCAUUUCGCCGGCUUCACCGGUGGGUCCGCUCUCAAUCUCUUGCGCAAGGCUCUUGGAUACUUCUUUUAUCAACAUCCUCUCUAUCAACUACAAACUGAGGUCGUGAAUCAGUAUGCUCUCCAAAGCGAUUCGAUCACCUGGUGUUCAACUGACCCAUCAAACAACUAUCAGCGAGCAGGAGGCCCUGUUGCAACUUGCACCUAUCCGCCUUGCCAAUUGAGUGGAGCUUGCUUAAUGCGCCACUCGACCAUCAUGUGUGGCGUCUACAACUCAGCUCUUACUCAACUCCACGUCAUAGCAACCCGACUCGACCAUCUUCAAGCUACCUCCCAGCUUCGCCUUGCACGCGAGACUGUUUCAUUUUCUGGCCUUGCUCAUUUGAACUCAAGAUUGAUCCCCAUGGAACGGAGUGUUCAUUGUCACAAUAUCUUGGCUGCCCCCCUUCAUGAAUCGUUGAAAAAGGCAGGGAUGACGACAGGCAACAUUGUGUGCGGUAUCAGCCCGCUUUUACCCGUAUUCGGUGAAUAUUUGUCCCUGCAUUUCCCAGAUGUGAUGAAGAAUGAACAGAAUGCUGAGGAGUUUAUUCGGUAUUGCCGCGACCUUAACCGAUUAGCUGGACUACUAGCUGAUUUUGGAUUCGAAGUAAUGUAUUCUCCUUCAAACGGCGAUCUGUAUCUCCGAUUGACCAACAUUACUGAUGACCAAGUUUCCGCUUUUUGCCAUUUCGUCCGCGCUAUGAUUGUCUCCAGCCCUGAGUACAGCUCGAGCGAGAAAUCUACAUUAAACGAAUUGUUCCCAACUCGCUAUUCAACUUCACCCGUGCCACAACGACUUCUCCCUACUGCUUACGAAUCGGAUUUUACCAUUAGCAGCAUAACUGAAAGCAAUAUUUCCGACUUUCAAACAGCUCUUUCUGACCGCAUCACCAAACUGACUGACGAAGGGCCACUUCUUUUCAACUCUGAGUAUCUCCGCGAGGCUAAUUGUUUCCGUAUGGCUCUGCCAAGUGGUCAGAAUCCAUUUCAACUUCGCAUGUCAUGGGAUUCCCGCUCAUCCGCCCUACGAUCCUUCGUUCAAGCAUUGCACCGUUCCGAGACUCAGUUUGUCGACUUCACUCGCUAUGGCCUUUCGCCUCACCUAUACCCGACCAAAGUGCGCGGAUGUACCGUGCCCUUAUGUACGGAUAACUCUUGUCAGGCUAACCAGGACGCAAUGCGCACUCUGCUAUCCGAACUGCAGCAAUUAAAAGUCAGGGAAGCAGAGGCUGGAGGACUACAGAAACAAUCCCAGUGGGAUCACCUGUUCCCCGACAUCGAAACUACCCAUGGGCAGCUGCAUAAACAGACCUUGGCAGAUCUUGUGAGAGGGGAUCUUGGUCCAGCGUACACUCCUGGGGGAAGAUAUAAAGACUCUGUGCCUCGCUCAACUCUUCUGGAGCAAUUGGAAGAAUUGGGUUGGAGUUUUAUGGACUUACAGCGACUAUUGCCGCUUUUCUGCUGCGUCGUCGCUGGCUUCUACGUAAAGCCUGGAUCCGGUAAACGAAAGAAACGUGCACGUCUCUACAACGCUACAAAUACCUUCUACUACUCUAGCUCUGGACAAAGUUAUUUAAUAUCACUCGCACACGAUAUCCCACUGGCUUUGAGUGCCCGAUACUUACUCCUGGAGACAACUGGUGUCGACUCUAAGGAAGGGCCCACACUUACCAUACCAAACUAA